AUGGCUGCUACCGACCACCGGAAACGGUACACGCUGUUUGGCGGCGACGUUGGAUGGAACGCGCACGACUGGACCGCUUCAGACGACCGCGUGCGAGGCGGCAAGUCCCAGUCCUACCUCGAUACAUCUUCAUCCGACAAGAUUGGCCGCUUCCACGGCACCCUCGAUAUCAAGACGCUCGGUGGCGCUGGCUUUGCCAGCCAACGUACCACUGGCGACGAUCGCGAGUGGGACCUUUCGGACUACGCAGGGAUCCAGAUAUGCAUUGCCAAAGGCGACAAAAAACGCUACACGUUCAAUCUCAAGGACGAACUGCUCCCUAUCGAUCCAGACACCGGGCGCGAGCAAUCGACUGUUUCAUACGAGGUUGACUUUGAGCUGCCACCGCAAGCAGAACCCGGCCAUGCGUACGAUCGAAACGUGUUCCUUCCUUGGAGCGCCUUCAACGCCACCUAUAGGGGCAAACCCAAGAAAGAUGCAAAGAAGAUUGAUCUGAAGAAGAUCAAACGCGUGAGCAUCAUGAUGCGCAGUUUCUUCGGCACUCAAGAGGGUGAUUUCUCACUCUCCAUGCGGUCGAUUGCUGCCCUUCCCGAGGUCCCCUCUGGAGACAGGGCUGCGGAGGUGAUCGACCUUGAUGUGCUGGAGAAGGGCAUGGUGGAGACCAACAGCAACGCCCGCUCACAGCCCUAUCACUCAGGACCCGAACGAGAGCUUACUCAUACGCAAGGGCGCAACAGGAUUGCUUACCUCGUGGUCGGGGCAAUGGCUCUGUUCACGCUAUACUACAUUGAGGACAAGAGAGCAAACCAACAACAACAUGUUGGUGGAGAUGGCGGUGGCGUAUCUGUGCUCCUCCUUCUUUCCAAAACGCAGGCUCUCUGCGCGAGCGAAUCAAGACCCGCAACGUCCUUCGCCGAACAAGACCUCCAUACCGAGUUUCUCGAAGAAGGAUUCCAGACCAACGCAGUGUAUGAUUAG